GUGACUUUAGACUCCCGCUUUCGGCAGGGCGCAAAAUUCAAAAUAAACUAAAACAAAUAAUAUUUUGUAGAAGAUAUGAUUUUCAUAAAAAUUAGUAAAAAUAAACAAUUGGAAAAUGGUUUUCAUCAAGUUUGAAGACAUACACAUACAUGGUACCGUGUUAAUGAUGAAGUCCAUAUUACUCUGUGCAUCCGGUUUUGAACUUCGUUACGAAGUCAACUCCAUUCACUAUAUAUCACCUUGUUGUCUUCGAAAUCGGUCUUAUACCGGUCAGCUAGACUGGCUACUUUCAAACAAACGUCAUUUGCCAUAUAAUGACGGAAUCACAGCAAGGUAUUUUUAUUAACAUAUAUUGGAUAUGCUUGAAGAUACUUUGGAGGAAAAAUAUGAGGUGUUAAAAACCGUAUGUCGGCAACAAGUUGUGAUAAAUGAAUCACUUAAAUUGGAAAUUAUUAAGUUACACAAUGUUAUAAAUGAACUUACCAGUGAUAAGAAUUUACUACUAGAUGAGUUUGUCAACAGCCAUCUGUCAUGUAUCAGUUCCCUCAAGAGUGAGUUGAAGGAAACACAGGAUAAUUCAGUUUGUAGAGGAAACAAACGUGCAAUGAGCCCGUCUGAAAACAACUAUCAAGAUACAAAGAAAGUCAGAAGUUCCCACUCGGCUAUUUGUCGUAAAGAAGAGUCGGUUCUCGAUGAUUCCUCACCACCGUUGUAUCCUAUCCCAGUAGAGGAGAAUGAGGAACCCUUUAGUCCUGACGACCAAGCAGAACAGAGUCACUGUGAGACUACUCCUAGUCAUUCACCGCUUACAAUAACCUGCCCGAAGUUACAUUACAACAUAUCCAUCGCAGCAAAAACAAGCAUUUCUGUUACCCCUAUCGGUAGCGAUGGUGAAACCUCACCACGGCUAGUGAAUACAUCAAGCAUCACUCUGAAAUCCAAUGUAAGUAAUCCUGGUUCACCUCCAACAAUCACUUCGAAUACACGUUUGCCUACUUCAUCUCCUGUGAGCACCAACAACAUAUCUGUUGUACAACGGCCAAGUCGAGGCAGCUCUCUUGUAACAAACUCAUCAGUAUGUGCAUCACCUACUCCUUUCGUAUCGUUUGCUUCCCAGCGUUCAUCGUCACUUGGUUCACAUGCGAAGUAUGUGUCUGUAACAAAUCGCUCUUUAAAAGUUGUUAGUUCUGGAAAUGCUCCCAACACUUCUGGCAACGUUAUAAAAUCGGUAACUUCUCCUAUAUCAUCUGGAAUCCGUUUAUCAAGCACACCAGCAUUAACAAAUCAACGUAUCUUGAUCCAACCAAGCAAUUGCAAUGUCCGUUCUGCUGUUUUCCCUCGACAGCCUCAAGUAAAGGAUUCCUGUGAAUUUGGAUACACAGAAAGAUGAAACAGGGUUUAUCAAAUUUUGUACAUGCGGACCACAUAACUUCAUCUGAUUGUUUCAACUACUGUAACAUUGCUCCUAUUACCUUAUAAUCUAAAUGCAGAACUGUACAGUUCCUAAUAUUAUCUGUCGAUAAUAAUAUACAUUUUCAGUUCAUCUAACACCGUUCGGUUUUCAUUUUCAUUUUUGGCAAGAUAUUGCAUUGAAACAUCGGAGGUCCAGCACACCAGUAUUCAAUUUUAUUGCGUCAAUAUGUCUGAAAUUAUUUUUUUCUCACUUCUUCUCACUGGCUGUAGCUAAACUAUUAGGUGUAUAUGCACGCUCACUGCGACCGCAAAUUAAUAUCAUACCGAAGAAAUGUAAGUAGCCGGGUGAAACUGGGUUAUCUUGUAGUCAUUUAAAUGUACUAAUCUGUUUGUUAACUCAGCCAAGAAUACUGUACAAUACUUUCUACUGAACAUCUUAUGUAUAGCUAAUUUCGGAAAAAAUUAAAUCAUGCAGUUUUUUCUCGUAGUUAUUACCAUGGUAGUUCUUUUUAUUCUAUUUCUAACCCAUUACAAAAAUAAUGAGCCUUAUGUACCUAUCUAAUCUGGUAUAUUGUUAUCAUGGGAGGUUGAUUUUAUAAAAAGUCUACUGGAAGAUAGACUGUUGAUUCUGUUAAAAUGAAAUUCUCUGUUUCACCUGAAAUUAUCUUUCUAUUAAAUACACUCUACUCAAUUUAUAUGUCGGAAAAAUAUAAUACUCCGGACAUAUUUUAUCAUCGAUUGUUACUGCUUGGCAUAACACUUCAGCUUUUGAGAUCUG